AUGGGGCCCCCGGGCAAUAGGGGAUCAAGGGGCCCUGUGUCCUUGCCCAAACUCAAAAAAGCCUAUGAAAAAGCCAUGAAGCUUUUAUUAUCUCUAACCCUGCUCCAUCUUCCAUUAAGGCCCAUUUACACGUACUGUGUGUGUAAUGGUAAGCACCUCUUCACACCAUACCAAAGGCGGACUGACAAUUCAUGGGGCCCCUGGGCAAUAGGGGAUCAUGGGGCCCCUGUGUCCUUGCCCAAACUCAAAAAAGCCUAUGAAAAAGGUACCAGGGGCACCGCAUGGGGCCCCCUACUGACCCCGGGCCCUCGGGCAGUGCCCGAGUUUCCAAAUGGUCAGUCCGCCCCUGCA